AUGUCCACCCCCACUGAUCUCCAGGCUCUCCUGGCCAGCAUCCGGCCACGCCCUUCCCCCUCGAACACUCCUGGCCAGGAUAAUACUCAGGCUCAGCGCCAAUCGUAUUAUCAGCAAGGCAUGUUCCCACCGCACCCUCAGCAUCAGCAGCCCUAUGACGGUCAGAGCUACCCUCAUCCCCAAUCGCACGGUUAUCACCAUCCGUCUGUAUCUUCUACCAUCCCAAGUCCUGCUCCAAUGAAUACUCCGCCUCAUCAGGGUUCUGAUAUCCUGAGCCCCAAUGUGUCAACUCCCCGUGGUGAAUGGCACCAGCAGGCGCAGCCACAGCAGCACGCUAACCCGGGUUCUAACGACCUUUUGAACCUUUUGCGAUUCAGUCAGCGUCCUGGUGGUGCUUCUCAGCCACAGGCUCCAGCUGCAGUGCAUGAUCAUCUGCAAGCCCCGCCGGCCCAUGAAGCCCACCCAUCACACGGACGAAACAUUUCCGCUUCUGACCUGGUUGCUUCUUUGUUUGGCAAUCAAGCUCCAGCUCCUGCGGCCCCGCCAGUCGCUUCUCCGGCUGUGCCCCCGGGUUUCCAUUCCGGUCACCCUGAGGGUCCCAAUGAGAACACACAGGAUAUGUUGCUUCGCCUGCUCAACCGUUCUCAGUCCGGACCUUCAGUCGCUAAAUCCCCUGCCCCUGCCCCUUCUCACCAGACACCUUACGUGCAAGCUACUGUGGACGAGCCUCAGAGCGAGACAACCAACAACGCUUUCAUGGAAUUUGUGGAUGAAACUCCUUUGGUUCCUGCGAACCCGGAAACGGUCGUAUCGCCCUCUAAGGAUUCGAUGUUCACCUAUGUCAACCCAUUCGAUCAGCUGGCUGCGAUUUCUCCUCUCAACAAGUCUCCCCAACAGCCCGCCUCAGGUCACCAAAGUCCCGUUGUCGAAGUGACGCAGAAGCAGAAGAUCAAUGUUUCUGCGAAGCUGGACCCUUCCCCUGCACCCGCAUCAGUGGCCUCUAAGGAGGAACCCCGGUCGCCAAUCCUGAGUGACGGACAAAGAGAGGCUGUGAAUGAUGUCGUCGGUCGUCUCGUAGAUGAGAUCGGCCGCUCUCUCAGUGGCACCGAAUCUCAGGCUGCAGUGGACGCCAAGGCUGCCGUUUCUGCUGUCCAGGAGGAAUCCUCUGAAGCAGUUCGUUCAUCUAUCGCCAAUCAGUUGCAUGAGACUGCCGCUGAAGCUCCAGAUGUGGUCAGCUCGCUCAAGGUCGACGAAGUUAUCAAGGAGACCGUGGUGGAACCCACCGCGGUCCCGGUUGCUCCCAAGGCUGCUGAAAACACCGAGGCUCUGGCUGACAGCUGGGAAAGUGCCGAGGACAGCGCUGAAAAGGAAGAAGAACGAGUCGUCUCUGUUCACAACUUCCCCAUGAAGCCCUUUAUCUCAAUUGCUGUGAAAGCUACAUCUGGAAAGCUCAACACCUUCCGUGACGACGAUGUGAUGGAUAUUGCUCGGCUCAAGAAGGAAUUUGACCAGCUUGAUCGAUCCUUAACUGCCGCCACAUCUGAGUAUAUCGUUUAUGCGCUCGCCAAAACCGGCGGUAUCAGAAUCAUUCGACAGGAUGACGGCAGUGACCGACAAGUCUUCCGUUCUACCCGUGACCGAGUAUUUAAUGUUGCUCUCUGUACAGCUCCUUCUGCGGCUGGUGAUUCUGAAGUCCAGGCCAUCCUUGGCAUCGGAGUCAGCGGCUCCGUAUACUGGGCUUUGAUCUCACGUUCUGGAAAGGACUUCUUCGACAUGGAUGCAUUGGAAAGCGAAAGCCUUAUCUUCCCCCCUUUCCCCGCCUCUGACGAGAACACCUCCGGUGGCCAGCUGAAAACGCGGGCCAAGCGGAGCACUCGCCAUACCAACUUGUUUGCCAUUGGCCGGGGUAAGAACAUCUACGUUGUUUCUCCAAAGGCAGCAAUGAACGCUGCCUACGGCGUUUCUGGAACUCAGCGCACAGUCAACACAGAGAAAUUCUUCAAGGAGCGUGCCUUGAAGAUCUCUACUGGUAAAGCCGGUAAGGACUUUGCGUUCAGUGACGAUGAUUCAGUCAUUGCCUCUUUGGACAAGACUGGCCGCCUGCGAUUCUGGGAUAUCAACGACAUGCUGAACGACGCUAGCUUGGUGGAGGGCCCUGCCCCUGCCGAGAUCAAGGUUCCUUUGACUACCUUUGUCACUGGCUCCCCAACCGAGAAGUCUUGGCCCACUUCGGUUCUGUUCCUCGACAAACUUCGCGCUUAUUCGCGAUCCAUGGCGCUGCGCUAUGUUUUGGUUGGACUCAAGCAGAAUCACACCUUGCAGCUCUGGGAUAUUGGGCUGGGCAAGGCCGUUCAGGAGUUGAAGUUCCCUCAUGAGAACGAGUCCGACGCUAUCUGCAGCGUCGCUUACCACCCGUCCUCGGGUGUUAUAGUCGUUGGACACCCCACGCGUAACUCUAUUUACUUCGCCCACCUGUCCGCUCCUCGCUACAAUCUGCCUCAGAUGUCGCAGGCUGCGUACAUCCGUGAUCUCAACGAUAAGGAUAACACUCUGCCUAAGCCUGAAUCUACCGCUUGCUUGAGUGGAAUUCGGGAGAUCUCUCUCGGCUCCAAGGGUCAGCUGAGAAGCCUGGAGCUCCUCCCUAUCACCAAGCCCGCUACGGACAAGAGUGGCGCUGAGGAGACUCCCUUGUUUGAGUUGUACGUCAUGCACUCGCGCGGUGUUACCUGCCUCAACAUCAAGAAGGAGGAUCUGGGUUGGACAGCGGAUAACAAGGUCAUUCGACCUGUUGAUGCAUUGGAGAAUGGCAUGAUUGAAAUCAGUGAUCUUCAAACUUUCCCCACCUACGCGACUGAUGAACCAUCUGUCAAUGGUGACACUGCUUCUACUCAGUCCCGUGUUGCUCCUAAGGAACCGGCCAAGAAGGCUGAGAUUGGAGAGCCUGCUUCCGGUGUUGCCCCUUCGCGUAACGCGUCGCCCACUAAGUUGGCUAAGAAGAAGGUUGCCGAUGAGCUCAGCGAACUUGCAGCUACACCUGUCAUUGCUGACAGAUCUGAAAAGAAAAAGAAGAAGAAGUCUGCUGCUGACGCUGCGAAGGCAAAGGAGCCUGUCGCCACUGCCGGUGUUGAACCUCUACUCAAUACCUCGGUCGCUUCGAAGGAAUUCGAUACAAUUGCCUCUUCUAUCGCAUCAAUGGGUGCCACUCAAGCUGCCGAUCACGCAGUGCCUACCGGUCUACCUGGCCUUGGCCUGUCAAGUGAUGCUUUGAACAAGCACAUUCAGUCCUUGCAGGGCAGUGUUCAAAGCGAAUUCAAUAAGAGCCUCGGUUAUGAGUUUGAAAAGCUUCACUCUCGCUUUGACGAAGAACGUCAAAAAUGGGAUGCCGCCUCCCUCGCCAAACAAGACCAAGUACUGCGCUUGGUCUCCAGCACGCUCUCAGAUAACGUUGAGAAGAACUUGACUCGCAUUGUGGCAACCAGCAUCCAAACCGACGUGCUUCCAAUCAUCACCGAUGCCACCUCUGCUGCAGUCAGCAAGCAAUUGAAAGAUGCUGUCUCUCAGCAACUCGGAGGCGUUAUCAACGAAGAGCUACGCCAGUCUCUUCCCAAGGCUGUUAUCAAUGCUAUUCAGCAGCCGCCUGUUGUGAAGAUCAUUACCGAAUCUCUUGCACAGAAACUUGCUCCUCGCAUCGAGACCGAAGUCACUCGUGUUAUGCAGACUUCAAUUGCUCCCAUGCUGGAGAGCCUGGCACGUACCACCCACAAGGUUGAAAAGGAGAUGGAGCGCCACUUGCAGACACAGAUCAAGCAUUACGAGGCUCAGCGCGAGAGCGAUAAUGCUAAGAUUGAGGAGAUGUCACGCGCCCUCCAGGACUUGUCCCAGACCGUUUCCAUGCUGGCCGCCAAGCAGGAUAGCCAGGGUAACCAGACCCCGAGCCCCCGCGCGCUUGCCCAGCGGGAGAUCUCUGUCAACAAACGAGCUUCUGCUGGACGCUUAGUGGAGAACAACGGGCGCCUGUCGCAGCCGGUGCCCCAGCCUCUAGCACAGUCUCAGGCUGCCCCCGUUUCGGUUCAGACGCCAGCUCCUGCCCCCAUCACCGCAGUCCCCCCUCGAUCUCCCGAGCAAGCCGAGCUCACGGAGAUCGCGCACCUUAUCAAUAACCAUCGGUUCGAAGAGGGAACUAUCAAGUGGCUCCAAUCAAACCAGCAAGCCGACCUGUUCGAUAACUUCUUCGUUAAUCUGAGCCCAUCCUAUUUGUCCCGACUUUCUGCGAUUGUCAUGCUCUCCGUGGCCGUUGCUGUCACCUCUACUCUAUCGACCAAUAUUAGCCAGCGCCUACACUGGCUCGACGUUGUUCUUCAGAAUGUGAACCCCAGGGACACCGACCUCGCCGAAGUUGCUCCGCGUAUUCUGGACAUCAUGGGCCAGCGUCUGAACAACCUGUACAUGAGCGUCGUCGAGCGCAACCCGCACGACCCCAUCUUGCGCCUCAUUGCGCCCCUUGCUCGUCGUGCCCGUGAGUUGAUGGUUAGCCUGAGCUAA